GAUUAAAAUAUAGCACGCCGUGACAGUGACAAGUGAAUUGUCAUUAAAGAAACGUCUUCUAAGGAAAAUGUGGCGAGUAUUAUUAUUCCUAGGUUUGCUCUUAGGCAUUUGGUUGCGAUGGAGGUACAAGAAUCGGCGACUUCUAAAGAUGGCCAAGAAAAUACCCGGUCCACCAACAAUUCCUUUAUUCGGAAACGCUUUGAAAUUGAUGUGCCAGCCAGAAGAAUUCGUAAAAAUUAUAAAAAAUCUUAUGAUCGAAUACGGUGGCGUUUUCAAAUUGUGGAUCGGACCAGACUUGAAUAUCGUUGUUAGUCAUCCGGACGAUAUAAAGCUUCUCCUAACAAAUAAUAAGACUAGUAUUAAGGGACCGCAAUAUAAAUACAUGGCGGAUCUACUCGGCGAAGGAAUUCUAAGUGGAUCAGGUAUUCUGUGGCGGAAACAUCGUAAAAUCGCUACACCAAACUACGGUAAGCGAGCAAUUGUAAGUUACACCGAUGUUUUCAAUCAAGAAGUGGACUUGCUGCUGGGUAUAUUUAAAAGUUUACCCAAAGGACAAGAAACAGAUGUAUACAAAUAUAUAGUGAAAUGUACCAGUUACACGGUUUGCCAAACUCUUAUGGGACUGUCGAAAGAAGAGACGAUGGAACUUCCACAUUUGCAGUACCUGAUAGACAUGAGUCCGAAACUUUACGACAUCGUAUUUGACAGAAUGACGAAAUGGUACCUACAAAUAGAUCCAGUUUUCUGGUUAACAGAUUCUUACACACAACAGAAACAAUUCAAAGAAAAGCUUCGUGAGUUCAGCUCCACCGUAAUUAAACAUCGAUUAAAAGUAUUAUCUAACUCAGGCGAUAUAUUAUACCUUAUGAAUUCAGAUGAAGACUCUUCAAAGAACACACGGUUAAGUGUAAUAGAUAGAUUCAUAUUAUCAGAUGAAUUCGAUUCAAAGGAUCUGAUAGAUGAAACGUUUACAAUUUUUACAUCUAGUCAAGAAGCGUCAGCUAAAAUUGCAUCCUUUUUUCUGAUGAUGAUGGCGUUUCAUCCAGCGUGUCAAGAAAAGCUUUAUACCGAAAUAAUUAACGUCACUGGAAAAGACGACAAGCCAGUCACAGAUGAUGAUCUGAAGAAAAUGCCGUAUCUUGAAAUGGCGUUUAAAGAAGUUCUCAGAUUAUUUCCAGUAGGAGGCAUGUUGCAGAGAACUAUUAAUGAGGAUAUUUCUAUCAGUUCAUAUACAAUUCCAGCUGGAUCUGCACUGGUCAUUCCCGUAUAUCACAUUCAACGUGAUCCUAAACUAUGGAGUGAUCCAGAAUCAUUUGAACCUGAAAGAUUUACCCCCAAAAAUACUAAAAAGCGUCCUCCAUAUUGUUACAUUCCCUUUAGUUUGGGUAAUAUGGAUUGCUUAGGAAGAUACUUCGGAGCCAAAUUGAUAAAGACAAUCGUCAUCAGAGUCUUGCGAAAAUUUAAAUUAAAUUCAUUAGAUAAUUUUAAAAAUCUCCGGACAAUUAUUGCGAUAUCGACAACUUCGUUAGACGGUUAUAAAGUCGUUUUAGGUUCAAGGGAGGAAUAAUCGU